CGCGCGGGAUGGUCGUCUGCUCUUGUCUUCCCAAGUUACCGCACCUACCACAGCUUCCGGGAAAAGCAGACGUAAAGAUUUGAAGAAGUUGUGUUCUUGGGAUACCUAUGAAUUCAUUUUGACCACAGGAGCUUGUGAAAGAGCGGUUUCUCAGUCAUCUCUCUUGCCGCGAAUACACGCGAAAGCGAUCAGCUGCAGUAGCCAAUGGGAGAACCCUGCGUGGACAUGGUGCAGUAUUUAAAUGUAUCUAGCUGAAAGGAGGGCACCUAUGUAACGACACAUGUAGCGCAUGUCAGGUAUUGGAAGCGCGCGUUAGCACGGCUCUUGGUUUGGUGUCAUGUCUACAAUACGCCGGGCCUACAUGGAGAUAUCAAAUGGUAUUCGGGGCCUCCGCCUCCAUAGAGAACAAUCGUCCCAAGGCGGAGGGUCUUCCCUCAAAGAGACGCUACACCGAGCCACCAAUGGCUCGCCGCUCAAUAACGUCAGGUUGACGCGUUCACCAAAAGCUGGAUUUGUGAAACGAAUUCGGACUAUGAGUGGAAAAGCUGCCCAUAAAACUAUCCAGGAUUUGUUCAUGGAUGAGUCGUUUUUGUCCAAAUUUUUCUUUUACUUUUCUGCCGAGGAAAGAGGCGUGUUGUCACGGGUGUGUAGACGCUGGAAGCAUAUCCUUUAUAACACUAAGUAUUGGGCAGAGGUCAUGCCGAUCAUAUCCUACCGUGACUGGACAAAGGAUAUGGUUGUCAGGAAACAGGUGUACGACAGCCUCCACCAAAGAGGGUUCGAUGCUGUGUGUUUGUUCGGCGCCACCGACGAAGAUAUUUCGGAUUUUGUGAACAAUUUCCCGCCCAGUAAGAAGCAUCUUAGGUCUAUAAGUGUCCGCUGUGCUAACGUCACAGACGCAGGUUUGGAGGUCCUGUUUAAAAAGAUGCCUUGUAUUUAUCGGGUUGAAAUUUCCGGGUGUAAUGAGAUAACGGAAACAGGCUUAUGGUCUUCACUUAACCCUAAGAUAGUGUCCCUUAGCAUUAGUGAUUGUAUCAACGUAGCAGACGACACGAUUGGCGCCAUAUCCCAGCUUCUACCAUCCCUGUACGAACUGACCAUCCAAGCGUAUCACGUGACAGACGCAGCAUUGGCUUUUUUCAGUGCGAAGCAAAGUUACACGUUGUGUAUCCUCAAACUCCAAUCCUGCUGGGAAAUCACCAACCAUGGAAUUGUAAAUAUUGUGCAUUCCUUACCAAAUCUGACCGUCCUAAGUCUUUCAGGGUGCAGCAAGAUCACUGAUGAUGGUGUGGAACUCAUUGCGGAGAACCUUCGUAAGUUACGCGUUCUCGACAUUUCGUGGUGUCCCCGGAUUACGGACGCAUCGCUGGAAUACAUCGCAUGUGACCUUGGACAACUCGAGGAGCUGGUGCUGGAUAGAUGUAAUCACGUGACAGAUAUUGGAAUCGGAUACGUGUCAACGAUGACGUCCUUGCAGAAGUUGUACCUCCGAUGGUGUACGCAAGUGAGAGACUUUGGACUGCAGCAUCUGUACUCCAUGCGAAAUCUCAGGGUGUUGUCACUAGCAGGUUGUUCUCAGAUUUCCACUAACGGCCUGUACGGCUUGACGAGACUCCACAAUCUCCAGGAACUGGAGCUUACCAACUGCACCAGUGCCACCAAGACAGUCUGUGAUUUCCUCAGGGACAAUAUGUUCCGGUGUGCAGUGCUCGACUGAUGGGACAGGCGGCUACGGCGUGAAGAAUCUCUAUUCCAGGACUCCGAUUUGAUUGGUACUGUGGUGAUGGGUGUGUAUAUUCUGUACAAUGUACUAUACUCAACAAUACCGGUCGUGACGUCCACAAUGUUCACCAGAAAGGUUGAUGUUGUUGUUGAGUGUUAGUGAUGCUGGUGAUAUCGUGACCCUUUCAUCCAAGACUAUGGAUGUCCGUUUUGGAUAUAAUGAUUUACGUGUGUGCGAGCAAUCUGAUUCUUUUGGAUUUUGGAUGUGUUUUAAUGGUGUAGACGUCCGAUGGAACAUUGCAGACAUUGUGUGUUGCCCUGCGGAUUACAUGCGACCUCCUAUAUCACGAUCACCUU